GAUCAGUAUGCAUCUGGCGCUGUUUUUCGAUUUCUGAGCGUCUUUAUCUGCCAAUCGUCGUUAUGAUUAGAUCGGCCAAGCGCUAUAACUCCAGCUGAAAACCGAGAACUUUGUGUUGUGAGUUUGUGUGAGAAGACGCCCGAGCAGCAGCAUUUGCAGCCCGAAAACAAGAACAGUAGCCCACACAGACCGCUGCAUAAGCUAGUGCAAAGGAGACAGUGACGCCGCGAAACAAAGCAUAAAGCGGCCGGAGGACUAGAGCCACACACAAACAACAACAGCAACAGCAUUUCAAAAUGGCGCCGACAAAGGCAACGCGCGGGGUCAUGGCUGUCGGGCAGCCCACCGCCGCCAAUCCUCUUCUGGGCCUGGGGGCCGCCACCAGACGGGGCCGAAGGGGCACUGCCGCCAACAUAGAUCCCAAUGCCGAGAACAUGCAGACGCGCGCCAAGCGCAAGGCCGACCACAGCCCCAUCAAGAACGAUAAAAUCAAACGCUCAGCGCUGGGCAACCUCACCAACAAUGUUAAAGUCAUGUCUCUGCAUCCCAGUAAUGAUGAGGAGCCCUCUGGCUCCGUCGCUAAAAAGCCGACGGCCCAGCAGCUGCAGGCGAUGAUGGAUGCCAAGAACCAGGAAAAGAAUCUGAUCUUAAACGUCUUCUCCGAUGCCGCGUCCACCAAGGUGGUGACGCGCGCCUCCAGCAAAUCGGACGAUGCGGUGGAAAACUGCCACAAGGUGCUAGAUAAGAUCGAGGAGGCAAUGACCAGGCACAAGCCGCGCCCCAAGGCCGGGCCCGCCGUCAAGAAGCCUGCUGUGGAGGAAAUGCCGAUGCCAUCCGCGCCCCAGCCUAUUCCUGUGCUGCUGCCGCCCAAACAGAACCUGGCUGCUCCACCGCCAGGCGCCAUAAAGCCGGUGCGGCGCAUAUCUAACGAUUUCAACAAGACUGAGGACAGCCUAUACAUGUCCGCCCUGGAGGAUGUGUCCAGCUGCGAUUCCAUGCGCCUGUCGGGCAACUUCGAGGCGGCGCGUCGUCGCUCCGCUAAGUUACAGCAAAAGACUGAGCAGCAGCCGCAGCCGCAGUUGUUGCCACUGCCAGAGAGUUCACCUAGCCAAAAGGCUAGGCCCAUUCAGCCGGUGCCCGUUCAGCCGGUGCCCCCGGGUGUGGAGGAUUUCGACCGCAAAAACUGGGACGAUCCCUUUCAGGUGUCUCACUACGCCAUGGACAUUUUCAACUAUUUGAAGUCGCGUGAGCCACAGUUCCCCAUAGCCGACUACAUGCCCCGUCAGAUCAACCUGACCACCUGGAUGCGCACACUUUUGGUCGACUGGAUGGUGGAGGUACAGGAAACGUUUGAGCUAAACCACGAGACUCUAUAUCUGGCGGUCAAGAUCGUCGACCUGUAUCUGUGCCGUGAGGUGAUCAACAAGGAGAAGUUGCAGCUUCUGGGCGCCGCCGCCUUAUUCAUUGCCUGCAAAUACGACGAGCGUUCGCCGCCGCUAAUCGAGGACUUUUUAUACAUCUGCGACGGGGCCUACAAACACGCCGAGCUGGUGCGUAUGGAGCGGGAGACGCUGCGCAUGAUCAAAUACGACCUGGGUAUCCCGCUCUCGUACCGCUUCCUGCGCCGCUACGCCCGCUGCGCCAAGGUACCGAUGCCCACGUUGACGUUGGCGCGCUACAUCCUUGAGUUGUCGUUGAUGGACUACGCCACCAUUUCAUUCAGCGACUCGCAGAUGGCUUCAGCCGCCCUCUUUAUGGCUCUGCGCAUGCACGGCGGAGCCGGGCAGCUAGACCAGCAGACCUGGACCCCAACGCUUAUACACUAUACCGGCUACCAGCUGGCAGAAUUUGCCGAAAUAGUUCCUGUGCUUAACGCCGGAUUACAUCGCAAGCCACGGACCACAAUUAAGACGAUACGGAACAAGUACUCGCAUAAGAUAUUCCACGAGGUGGCCAAGGUACCGCUGCUGACCAACGACGAGCUGUUCCAGAGCAACCUUGACAUGAACGAAAGCAAUCUGUCGUAGGGCAGCCCUCAAGUUUAGCCAAAUUGAAAUUUAAAUCGAACUGCAAAACGUUACGCUUCAGUUAGGCUCUAAGACGCUUCAGACCCCUCCCAACACCUGACCCUUCACUACUCUCCCCACCAUGAUAAAGACGAAACUGCGGAUGCGACCGCCUCAAUCAAAACCCUGACUCUAUCUUAACCUCCCUCCCCCUACCUAGGUUCCCACAAUUUAUUUUAUCUUACGUUUGUGACCUUUGCAUACUUCUGCAUAAAUAUUGUGUUAAGAGAGUCCCAUUUGUUUAUUUAACCAUGUAUUAUUGUUUAGUUUUUCACGUAUACAUACAUACCGCGGCAUCAUAAAGCUAAGCAGGAGCGCUCCCAACACAUUCUCGCCCACUCCCACCAUCUAAUCAUCUAGCGAUCGGGCUAUUCAUGUUUUAAUAUGUACGCUAGUUUUAAGAGCUGCCAGCAUUAAAUAAACCUAACACUUAAGCACCAAAGCCGACAUGGAAACGCCAAGUAACUCAUUAUACAUACACCAAACACACACACACAU